AUGGCGGCGGCCAGCGCGGUGCGGGCGGUCGGGCGCCGCUCCCGGCGGCUCUUCGAUAUCUUCGUGGCUGAGAUUCCCUGGACGGUGUCGAGCAAGGAGCUGAAGGAGUACUUCUCCCAGUUCGGGUCGGUGCAGAGGUGCCAGCUGCCUUUCAACAGAGAUACAGGCUUUCACAGACGUUAUUGCUGGAUUAAAUUCUCAACUCCAGAAGAAGUUCAGAAUGUGUUACAGAAGGACCCCCACAUUCUUGAAGGUUCCAAGCUCGCUCUCAAACAGCAGAUCCGUAGAAGACGCAGUCAAAGGAGUCAGAGUGAGUGAGUGGUGGAAGGAGGCUUUAUUUCACUAA